CACAACCAACAACAGAUCAAACAGUAAUUAACAAACAGAUAUUCAUACUAAAAUAGAGCUAAAAGUAGGAUAAGACUAAGUUUAGUAAUAAGAACAAAAUUAAGAAAGGACUCAUUUACUUUACAAUAGUUCUGAAUUCUGACAGAUAUAAUAUCUGUCCAUUUAGAUUUCUUUUGCAGACUAUUACAAGUGGCUGCUGGAGCAGAAAACAUAAAGGAUUUCUUUCCCAUCUCAGUCUAUAUAUCAAGGGCAUGCAGUGGAUAUACAGUAUGUCAUGUGAUCUGAGAUAAUGAUUGCAAGAUGUGAAUGAAAUUUGCAGAGAUUUGCACAGAAUGGCGUUAUAGAUAGAAAUAUACCAAUGACUCAGUCAAUGUUUUAUAGAAGUGUAAAAUAUUCAAUCAGCCCAAUUUUGAAACGAUCUUAUGACUUUAAACUUCCUGAAGGAAAGUUCCACCCAAAGCUAAAAAAAAUGUCGCUCCGCAGUUGCUGAAACCCCCAGAUGUUUGCACCAUCAGGCAGGAUGGAUGCUAAUAGGCAGUUCAUUAGAGUUUGUGCAGAAAAUGACUAUACAAUAAGCUCCUCUUUCUCAUACUGGAGUGCUCCCCAGCUAAAUGGUUGGACUUCUAGGUCCAAAAUAACAAAUUGCUUACAUAAACAUAUUUCAUGCUUUUCUCCACUCACAAAGCCCUCUAAUCACAAAGCAAAGGGACAGAAGGUCUGCUUAGUCAGAACUAAAAGGACCCAGAAAUCAUUAAUGUCUAAAGGAGUUGGAUUGGUGAUUUAACCAAAUUUAUCAAGGUUUCCUGCAAAGUCACCUGCUGCCAUCAUGUGGUCUUUGUUGUCUUUAACAUCGUUGUGAUGUAGUUGUUUAACAUCUCUCAAGUUUUUAUUUAUUUACUUAUUUUGGGAGGUUUCUUAUGCACUGACUUAAUGUCUCUUUGACCUCCCAUGCUCCCUGGCUGACCGAGGAUUAUGGCAAGGUUCAGAGCGGGGGCAUCUCGAAGCAGCCUGCGGGCCCGUCUGCUGAUCCUCCUCAGCGGUGGUUUGGGAUUUGUGGAAUGGGAACGCAGAGUUCCUGGACAGGAUGUGGAGUCACUGUUGUAGUGCACGGCCUCACACUGACAGAGGAGCUGGCUUGCGGCUGCACGAGUCCGCAUCUGGAGAAGAUAGGAAGCCCAUUUUGGCAUCUGGAUAACUGGCUGUCUCUGUUUGCCUCCCGGUUUAAGGGCGAGUAGAUCUAACCCAGACUCAGGUGAUGACUCACCUCUGGAUUCUCCUCUCAGCCCUGCUGCUGGUUUUGACUGUGGCCGAACCUCUGAACAGCCUGGAGGAAAAUGAGAAUCAGGUGACCGAGAAUGCCAUCGGGAAUCUCAGUGAAUCUACACUGAACCACACACCUACCACAUCAGCUCCCUUGACUACCACAGUUUCCCUGAGCUCCAGUCCUGCUCCUCGGUGUCCAGGUGACCAUGGGAUACUGGAGAACAGCACAGGCUGUGGCUGUCCAUCUGGCAUGGUGAAGGAUGGUGACAACUGUACCUGCCCCGUGGGCUUUAGUCUGGAGGGAGCUGCAGGGUGCAAAGAUGUUGAUGAGUGUGAAGGAGAGGGGCCAGGACGAUGUGGUCUCCAUGCCAGCUGCAGUAAUACCCCCGGCUCUUACUUGUGUAGCUGUCUCCGUGGUUACCUGAUGGGUGCUGGAGGGUGCCAGGAUUUAGAUGAGUGUGCUCUGGCUGCAGUGACGGGCCUGCAGGCCUGUCAGGGUGAUGCUGAAUGCAGAAACACCCCUGGCUCCUUCACCUGCUCGUGUCCUUUGGGAUAUGUAAUGGCUCUAAAUGGACAAAGCUGUGUAGAUGUGGAUGAGUGCAGCUUUGAGGAGCAGUGUCGCCGUGAGCUGGGAAACGUGUGUGUGAACACUCCUGGAAGCUUUGUGUGCCAGUGCCAGCCAGGCUUCAGAGCAGAGGCCCUCGCCUGUGUUGGUCCUGUGUGUCCAGACUACACCGUAUGUCAAGAUGUGGAUGAAUGUGCGGAGAGUCCUGCGGUGUGUGAUGGUCAGGGUGUGUGUGAGAACACGCUUGGGAGCUACAAGUGUAUUUGUCGACCAGGUUACCGGGGAAACGGCACACACUGCGAAGAUGAGAAUGAGUGUGCUUCAGGUGGUCACGGGUGUGACACCAACGCUCGUUGUGGCAACAUCAUUGGCUCUUAUUUCUGCCAGUGCUACCAGGGCUUCAAUGGAGAUGGACACUCUUGUUUUGACAUUGAUGAGUGUGCUGUGAACAAAGGCCACUGUGAACACAACUGCUCCAAUGAACUGGGAGGGUACAGCUGCCAGUGUGCCUCAGGCUAUCAGCUGGACAAAGAUGGACACAACUGCACAGAUGUGGAUGAGUGUUUGGCACUGAAUGGGACCUGUGAGCACAUUUGCGUGAACACUCAGGGAUCUUUCCGGUGCUCCUGCAGGCCCGGCUACCAGCUGCACAUUGAUGUCCACACCUGUGUUGACAUUGAUGAAUGUAAACUCCAGAAUGGUGGCUGCUCUCACACCUGCAGCAACUCUCCAGGAGGACACACUUGCCACUGCCCUCCUCCUCUGCUGCUCGACACAGACAACCUCAGCUGCAGCAAUGUUACAUCUUGCAAGCUGAGAAAUGGUGGGUGCGAUCACAUAUGUACUGUGAGGGCUGAGGGCCAGGUCCAGUGUAGCUGUCGAGCAGGCUGGAAGUUGGACAAGGACCUGAGGAGCUGCGUGGAUGUGAAUGAGUGCGGGGACUUCACAAACGGAGGCUGUGAGCAGCUCUGCGUGAACCAUCCUGGUGGGUUUAAGUGCACCUGUGGGGAAGGUUAUAAAGUACGAACCGAUGACCUCACCAAGUGCCAGCCUGUGUGUGAUCCUCCUUGUCAGAACUAUGGACUAUGUGUGGCCCCAAACAGCUGUGACUGCCCUCCAGGCUAUCCUGGACUAGGCUGCUCAGCCAUGUGCUCCCCGCCCUGUGCUCACGGAGGUAGCUGUAUGCGCUGGAACAAGUGUCUGUGUCCUCCUGGCUGGACCGGAGCGGGCUGUCACACAGCGGUGUGUGAGUUGCCCUGUGCUAACGGUGGUCGCUGUGUAGGGCCUGAUACCUGCCAGUGCCCCUCUGACUACACAGGUCCCCAAUGCCUCUUGCCCCUGUGCACUCCUGCCUGUCAACACGGGGGAAGAUGUGCGGAUGUCAACAAAUGCACAUGUGUUGGUGGAUGGCAAGGGGCUCGUUGCCAGAUAGAGCCUGUUCAGUGUUACAUACCUUGCAAGAGUGGUGGAGUGUGUGUGGGCCUCAACAGGUGCCGCUGUGCCAAAGGAUUUACUGGAAGUCUUUGUGAAACGGCGGUCACCACCCCCUGUGUACCGCCCUGCCAACACGGGGCUGCCUGCGGUCCUCACAACACCUGUAUCUGUCCAGAGGGCACUGCAGGCCUGCGCUGUGAGAGACUGACGUGCCCUGUGGUCACCACGGUGGUCAGUAUGGCUCGAGCCGUAAGGAAGGCAUUCAGGGAGAGUUAUGUGGACCGUUGUGGAGCCCUGGGAGUUCAACUUUGCACUAAAUACAGGAUGAACCAGGCACGUGUGUACCUGCAGGCCUACAGGGUGGGCUACAAAAUCCAGUGUCCAGAGAAGAAGGGCAGAUGAGUUCCUUUUACGAAGCAACACAUAGGAACUGUAAUGUGACGAGCUAUAAACCUCAAAAUUUAAUGUAACUCAGUGAGUGUUGUGGCUUCUCCGAGGGCAGUUUCACCCUUAAAUCAAGCCUCUCUGUUGAAAUAGAUAUAAAGGGGACAUGACUGUAUUAUAAAGGCUGUUUAUUUGAUCAGUGAUGUAUGUUGACAAUUAUCUUUAAAUCAGUUUGUUUUAUAUACAAUCAUAUUUUACAUUCCACAAGAAAUAUUCCUCAGCAUAUGAAAUGUACAAUGGUUUCAUUAUUUUUCAUGUUUGCAUGUGGCAGCUAAAGUUUAUUAAAUGUUACAUUUUUUUUGUCUUGGUGUCAAUA